UGGAGUCUUCGCCGGACUGCGGAUGAUAAUAAUAAUUUGUGCGACUGGGUGGGAACCGCCGUGCGCAGUGGGAACCCAUCGCGCGCCGGCAGAACCCAGUAGAUCACAGAUCAUAUGAAUCGACCGAAGGGACAGCACUCGGCACCCCGCGGAGGCCCACCCCGGUCCUGGACCAACGCCGAACUGACCGAAGCGCUGCAGCACGUGUGGAACAAAAAGAUGACCACCAGCCAGGCGUCGCGGAUAUUCGGCAUCCCGUACAACUCCCUGCUCAUGUACGUCCGGGGAAAGUACGGCAAAAGUCUCAAGCUGGAACAACUGCGAAAGGAUUGCAUCAGUGGGCCCCCGAUCGAACUGCUCCAGAUGGGAAUGAACAACAACAACAAGGACAAAAAGGACGGCCAGGAUAAGGACAUGCCGCUGCAUCACCCGGGCGGUAAUCCGAACGGAAGUGGUAACGGAAGCGGGUCGGACCAACGGGGCCCCCGAUCGGCGUCCUCCGAACCGGAACUGCUGUCCAGUCCCAAUGCCCUGUUUAAUCCGUUCCCACCCGGGUUCUAUCCGGACUUUCCCGGUGGCUUUCCGGGACUGCCCCUCAGUAUGCUGAAUCUCCUGCCUCCGGAUCGGCACCAUCCCGGUGCGCACCAGCUUCCGAUGAGCAUCGACGAGGACUGCAAGAGCGACCGAUCGAAGCAGUCCAUGGACGAUGACUUCCCACAACCGUUGGCACUGAAUCGGUCCUCCGCCCUGAGUGGAUCCGGGGCGGGUAGCGGCGGUUCGGAUCGGGGGUUGGAUGGACCCCCCACCGACAGUCGACGGGAGAUAUACCAACAGAACGGACAGGACUAAUAUAUGUACUUUCUUGACCGACUCAAGGCAAUGCCGCGGUAUCCCAAGUGGGUAGGUUGAGAAAGGUAGCGAAAGGGAAUCGAGAGGCGAAAGCGCGGGAGAAACAGAGUGAAGAGUGAGAAAAGCAACAAACAACUUUCGGCUGUGUGAUACAAAUUGAUGACGCGAUGAACGUCGACAAAGCUCCGAGCAAAGUGCGCGCCAGCCCCUACUUUAUCGAUGUGGUUGGUGUCCGGGGAAUGAGAAAGCUGGCCGCCAGUACGGUUGACGACGACGGCUGGAGCGAAUGAGCCACUGCAUGUCGACUAAGCUUCGGCGGCGGCGGCAGCAAAAGCUGCACAAAUUAAACAGAGAGCAAAAACAACAAACGAAAACGUGAUAGCGGUUAGGUUUUAUGUUAGUUCGAAUGAUUCCUAAUGAUUUUAUUUCUUUGUUUUAUUAAUGGUAUAUUAGUUCAAUCAUUAUUUAAAUGCAAUGUUAUAGUAGAACGAAUGCAAUAUUUUAUUUUUGUAAUGAGAAACUGUAAAAUAUUUUAUUUUAUUACGAUUAGUGAGCAAGCAAAAAUAUGCAAGUUAAAUCCUUUGGGGCAAUAUUUAUACUCGAAAAAUUGUGCGAAUAGAGCAAAAUAGGUUUAGUUUCGUGUCUUUUAUGAUAAGUUCAGUGAGAUGGUGCUUUAUGGAAUAUAAGUUUUAGUUCUUACUUGCGAAAGCCAAACACACCGACCGAUAACUAAAAGAGAAAAACAAAUGCAGUGAAAGCAACACAAUGACAGGUCUCUUUCAGCAAACUGAAGAGAACAUCCACAAACACGAAAAACAAUAGAACUACUAAACGUAAGAAAUGAACAAACGUGCUUCCUGAGUAUAUAAGUUAAAGUAUAAGUUUUAAAAUCCAAUCUACAGUGAAACUAUAGGCAGAGAAACGAAUGCGACACAGAUCUAACUGAGAUAAGUAGCUGGAAAAUAGAUGGUACAGGACAACCACACACAAACACACAUAAACAAACGAAAGAAGGAAUCUACUUAACUACGUAUAACAAUAGCUAAUUUAUUUAUGAAAUCAUAACUAAGUAAACGCAAGCAUCACACAACGCUGAUGUCAUAGUAGGAGCAGUAUAUUUUGGUUACGUUUAGUUUCCAUUGUAGCAUAAUUUUUAUUUUUGUUAAACAAUUUGAUAGUGGAUAUCAUUUCGAGCUGCUAUGAUUUGUGUAUAUUCCAUUAUUUACUCUUUUCCGCACCACCAGCGUACUUCCAAGAAGAAGCAAACGGGAAAAAAACAACAAACGAUACAGUAUUAAUCAAAUAAAUACAGCAAUUUUACACAACUUCGA